AUGACAAGAAUUGAGAAAAACCACGAUGUCUCCGAGGGCACUCUGACUGUCUCUGGGAGCAAUGAUGUUUUGACUUUGGCUUGGGGAACCCCCAAGCAUGGUGGGAGAGUCAGAGGUAUUGGAGCUGGGGUUUCCCCAAGUCAAUUCUUCAAUUUUCCGAGACAGCGAAGAGUAAAAUUUGCCGACAAAUUGAAGGAAAAUGUUAUGGAAGCAGUCAAAGAAGAGACCUUGAGGAUUAAGGCUAGGGCAAAGGAAAGUGUUUUGGAGGCAGUCAAAGCAGAGAGGGAAUAUAUGUUGAAACAAUUCAAGUACCCCAAGUACCCCAAUUCCUUUACUGCCUCAAGAGCAAAGCCCAAAAAGUCCAAUGUCUGA